CCGGCAGGCUGGGAGGCUCUCCGCCUAUUUGGGACUGUCCUGAGCUCUCCAGAGCCCCUCUGUGGGUGAGAGGCCCCGGUGGUGAUCCCCAGAGACAAGAGCUGAUCGUGAGGGCCCUCCAGCCAGCAGGAAGCAGGUGUUAAAGCCCCAGAUGGCGAACGUCUCCCCAUUCAGCAAGCCCGGAGCCAGGAGGCCCCCGGGGCCAGGCUCAUGGACCAGGCCAGGAAAGGCGGCUCUCCAAAGCCAACGUGGACAGUGGGCCACCUGCUCAGGGUGGAAGGUUCCAUCACAGGUCCCAGCGAAGUCAGGAAGCUAUUGUCCGGACCUGGAGCGCUAUUUAAAGAGCCGUCCCCGAGAACCUCCAGCCCUGCUGCGCCCAGAGGGAGCUCUCCAGACCAUGGCACCCAGAAGAGCCCGCAAGAGAGCAGAAGGUGGUGCCAGCUCCAAUGUCUUCUCCAUGUUUGAUCAGUCCCAGAUCCAGGAGUUUAAAGAGGCCUUCACCAUCAUGGACCAGAACCGGGAUGGCUUCAUUGACAAGGAGGACCUGAGGGACACCUUUGCCGCCUUGGGCCGCAUCAAUGUGAAGAAUGAGGAGCUGGAAGCCAUGGUGAAGGAGGCGCCUGGACCCAUCAACUUCACCGUCUUCCUGACCAUGUUUGGGGAGAAGCUGAAGGGUACGGACCCCGAGGAGACCAUCCUCCAUGCCUUCAAGGUGUUUGACACUGAAGGGAAAGGUUUCGUCAAGGCUGAUUUCAUCAAAGAGAAGCUCAUGACCCAGGCCGACCGGUUCAGUGAGGACGAGGUCAAGCAGAUGUUUGCGGCUUUCCCGCCAGAUGCGUGCGGUAACCUGGAUUACCAGAACCUGUGUUACGUCAUCACGCAUGGAGAGGAGAAGGACUAGCAGGCCAGGGACCCCCUCCCCGCCCCCCCCCAACAUUCGGAGGUAGCAAAAUCCCGUGGUGUUUUGGGGGCGACCCCCGGUGAGCCCCCUGCAGCCAACAUGUGCAAAGGAGCAUCUCCCCACGUCCCCCUGUCCCCGGCUCAGGGGCAAAGCAAGAAUAAA